GACCUCGCCUGGCCAUGAUCGCUGCGCCGGCGGCCGAGCCAAGCAUGGCCUGAGCGCAGCAGGCCGCCUGAGCCGGAGCAUCGAGAGCGAGCAGGCGUGGAGCAUGCUGCGGCCGCAACACAGCGUGCGCACUGCUCGCCAGCAUCUCGGGCCCGCGGCAGACGGCCCAGCGGCUUCCACGCAGGACACGAGGCGCACUCCAGCCGAUGCCGCAUCGCAGCACCACUUCAGCUUACAACUCUCUCACUCACCGGACCAGACGAAGCGGGAAUGCGCGGAGAGGAGACGGCGGCGGCGGCGCAGCGAUGCUGCUGCGGCUGCUACUCGGAGGAGCCGAGCCGAGCCAGGCACGCAAGAGGCGAGAGCGAGGCGCGAAAUGGAGCGGCGGCACGCAGGAGCGGGCCGGGGCAAGGAGUUAAGGCGGAGGCGCGAGCCGAAGAGCUCUGAGAGCAACGACGGCGAGGCUGGAGGAGGGUGCGUAGGAGGGAAGGCAAGAUGCUGGUCUGGGCCUCUCUCACUCAGAGUGCGCUUGCUGUGUUCGGGCCGAGCGGCGGAGGAGCUUGAUGAGUCUGGAGUGAAAGGGUGUCGAGCGGAGUUGCGGCAGAGGCAGGAGAGCUCCACCUUGUGACGCGCGGCGGGGUGCAGCGCAGCGCGCUGCUGAGCGCCGCCUUCGCUGGCGGCGUGCCUGCAUCUGACGUCGGCUCCAGCCGCCG